CCCACCCAUCCCCCAAACAACCCCUUUCUCCCACCAGAAGACACCCAUGACAAGCCAGGCAGCUGCCAGGCAGGCCAUCAGAGGUCAAACAGACCACAAACGCAGAUUAAGUUUAGCUCAGCGUCGAGAACCCAGUCAGCCAGUGCACGCUGGCGCUCGCCGGCUUCUCCACGACUGGCGGCCCAAGGGUCCCUCCCCUCUCUCAUGCUCGAUGCGCGAUGCUCAUUGAAAUGCUCUGGGCAGAUCCGAGCUCAGCCUCGUCAGCCCAGCUUGCCCCCCUCCCAUUCCCUCCAGCGAGCCCAGACCACACAAACCCACGCUACUGUCCUCCCCAAACGGGGCAUAUUAAUACAUGCUCACCUCGCCCGCAUGGCCACUCGCAUGCUCGUACCCGCCUGCAUACACAGAGCUCGUCCUAUCCACCAUCCAGUUUCUCUCGCUUCGGUCGUCCGGUCUCUCUCUCCGAGUGUUAUGAUUCACUCGAAUCAAACAUAUCCUUAAGUCGUGCUCGCUGAUCGUCAUAAUUCCCGUGGGAGGCCAGUCCCGAUCAGUGCACACACCAGUUCAUCGCUCGUUUCAACAGUUGUUUUGUCAAUCAUCCCAACAUCAACCCCCAACUCCCGCUGGUUUCACCUGCCUUCAGAUUGCCACUGGGAACCCCCCCCCCGGGCGUCAAUGCCUCAGCAAGCCUGACCUUGAAUAUAAGCAUCAUUGGUCCCCACGCCGAUCAAACAGAGCAUAACUUGAUCCUGGCGGGUUCCUCAACGGAGGUGCGGACAAUACUUUGACACAGGGCCAAUCCGAGACAGCUUCACUAGUCGGCAAAUUCUAGUGUCUGAGACAGACGCGCUCGCGACAUCCUGACAAGUUCCCCACCGCGGCGCCGCUCUCCUUUUCCUCAUCUAAGAUAUCCAACCUUAAGAACUCAUCAUUCUUCAGCGGCAACUUGUGUCACUUGUUCUCGAGAAGGAAGGGUGCAUAUAUAUUUUUCUUCAAACAACAAAAGGAAGUGAAAGGGAAACAAAAAACCAAAAGCAAAGGGAAACUAUCGUCGCCCGUCAUGAGGUCAGGGCACGUCUUCUACUCACUCUGUGCUGCGGCACCUCUCGCGAUGGCAACACCUGUCCUCCCUCACCUCGUGCUGGUCAAGACCCUGGAGGAGACAGCGUCAGACCCGUCCUCGGGGCCAAUUGGUUACCAGCCCCCAGCAACCAUCACGACAGCCGGGGCCAAGGGGGUGAAGACGGAGGUCAUCAGGCCCCUGAACCGACAGUCGAUCAUGCUCGACGACGGCGGCGGCGGAGACGACGUUGCACGGGAGCCGGCAUUCGACAACCGGCCAUUGUCGGCUUCGGCAUCCGACCUCUCACGGCUUGCUUCGGAGGUGCUUUCGUCAGCCGGGCCGUUGUCGUCGGACCUCCUGGAGGCACUUGCUAGGUUGCAAUCCGGAGAGGAGCUGACACCAACGGGGACAGGGGCAGGGCCACGGGUAGGGGAUGCAGACACAGAGACGCGUCCGGCCUCCAAGCCAAAACGCCCAGAGUCCUCGCCGCGAAGGAAGAUGUCGGUCGGCUCAUUAGUAAGGCUGGCAUCGAACCGGGACGGGGGUGUGCUGCGCAUCAAGCAGCACGCGGGAGAUUCGGCGGCCCUCGGCCAGCCACAACCGUGUGUGGCGGGUCACCACACCGAUGUGCUGGUCAUUGGCAUGGUGCUGACAUUCCUGCUGGUGGUUCUCAUGAUGGAGACGUGGCAGCCGGUGUCAAGAAGUGUGCGGAGGAUUCUCAGCAGGGAAGGGGCAAUACGCCUGCAGGACGAUGUUGAGAAAGUUCGAACCAUGUCACAUCGAGCACCGGGCCUGGACAUCCCCGAGACGAUAGACGAGAAGCCGGAAGAGGAAUGUGACGACAACGUUAAUGACGGCGGGGCUGAGCCAUGGGUGAUCUGACGAUUGUCGGCGAUCAUGGACGAUCAUCAUCGAGAUCGGGUGGGAAAGUAAAGGGGUUUUGUGCUUUCUCCUGGCAUAGCGGGCGUUUCUGGAUUCGGGUGGGAUGGGUUUUGGAUGGUGUUGGUGUGUUGAGAUUAUGAGAGGCACUGUGUGAUGGGCGCUUGCCAAGUGCUACAGACUUGCACUUUCGAGAUGGUUCUCUCGACUAAUCCCCGGGCCAGGCCGGCGACUAUGUACGGACAAAAUGUCCAGUGCUGGUGGGUACAUACCGACCCAUGGAUGGCGAGGGGAUGCGGUUCGAUGAGGCGGCUUGGCCGCAAGCAGGAAUAGGUGGCAGCUCGUGUGAGCAAGCGAGCUGUGAGCCGGCUGCGCAAGUGACGGUAACGAACGAUACAGCACAAGAUAAAACAAAAAGACAAUGCGAUGGAAAAUAUCCUACAGCUCGGGGGGGACAGAAUGUGCUAUUUGGACAGGGCAUGAUGGUCGCUGCGAGCCACUGCCGAGACAGACGGCCACAGAGUCAUUAAGCCCCCUAUAUAAGUGAGUGAGUUUACUUGUCCCCCCAAAGGCGUGUAGUUUAUGUCGAGUCCACUUUUGUGUGUGUGUGUGUGUGUGUGUGUAUGUGUGUGUGUGUCUGUGUAUGUGCAUUCCCGUCCACGACCCAGCAGCAACGUCGUACAAUGUAUCACAUGCGGUUGUGUGUCGUGCGUGGCAUGACAGCGAAUCAGUGUUGCGGGCAGCACGGCAGAGGCGGACACAGCCUUUCUGCGAAGAGAGCUAGAGGCUCAUCGGCCAUUCCCGAACAACAGCGCCAGCGCCGGCGCCGGCGCCCCGGCACCGGGAGGAACCUUGGCAGCCGCACUGCCACCAGAACUGUGGGGUGCUCCUCACCAGAUAGGCCGGGCGGGAAAGAAGCUUUCUGUUCUCUCUUGCUUGCGUGCAUGCGCAUACGAGCCGGGCUGAGCCAAGGGGCGGGGGUUCCGGUGCGGGACCGCGAGUCUUGGGGGGGGGGCCACGACUGACAGAGGUUUCUGCAGCGGGAACAGGUCAGCUGGACGCAGAGAGAGAGGCGUGUUGGCGCGGUGGGCCCACGGUCCCCGGGUGUGAGCGUGUGGCGCGGCAGGUUGGGCCGAGCAGCCAUGCAAUCUGAC